UCCCCAGUGCUCCACCGCAGAAUCUAACGCUGGAGGUACGGAAUUCCAAGAGCAUCAUGCUACACUGGCAGCCUCCUCCUGCGGGGACGCACAGCGGACAAAUCACCGGCUACAAAAUUCGCUACCGUAAAGUGUCCCGCAAGAGUGAUGUGACAGAGAGCAUUGGUGGGACCCAGCUUUUUCAGCUAAUUGAAGGUCUUGAACGAGGUACAGAAUACAGCUUCCGAGUAGCUGCCUUGACUGUUAAUGGUACUGGACCGGCUACCGACUGGAUAUCAGCAGAAACGUUUGAGAGUGAUCUAGAUGAAACUCGUGUUCCUGAAGUUCCAAGUUCCUUACACGUCCGUCCGCUUGUCACCAGUAUCGUGGUAAGCUGGACCCCACCUGAAAACCAGAACAUCGUGGUGAGAGGCUAUGCUAUAGGGUAUGGCAUCGGCAGUCCUCACGCGCAGACCAUCAAGGUGGACUAUAAGCAGAGAUACUACACCAUUGAAAACCUAGACCCAAGCUCCCACUAUGUCAUAACUCUGAAAGCGUUUAACAACGUUGGUGAAGGAAUCCCUCUCUACGAGAGCGCCGUGACCAGGCCGCACUCAGACACUUCCGAAGUUGAUUUGUUUGUUAUUAAUGCUCCAUACACUCCAGUGCCAGAUCCGUCUCCCAUGAUGCCACCGGUGGGAGUUCAGGCUUCCAUUCUGAGUCAUGACACCAUUCGGAUCACUUGGGCAGACAACUCUCUGCCAAAGAACCAGAAGAUCACAGAUGCUCGCUACUACACAGUUCGCUGGAAAACCAAUAUUCCUGCCAAUACGAAGUACAAGACUGCAAAUGCGACCACUUUGAGCUAUUUAGUGACCGGGUUAAAACCAAAUACCUUGUAUGAAUUCUCCGUGAUGGUGACUAAAGGUCGAAGAUCAAGUACUUGGAGUAUGACAGCACAUGGAACAACUUUUGAAUUAGCUCCUGCUUCUCCUCCCAAAGACGUGACUGUGGUGAGCAAAGAGGGAAAACCUCGGACAAUAAUUGUUAACUGGCAGCCUCCAUCCGAAGCCAAUGGCAAAAUUACAGGAUACAUCAUUUACUACAGUACGGAUGUGAAUGCUGAAAUACAUGAUUGGGUUAUUGAACCCGUUGUGGGAAACAGACUGACCCAUCAGAUACAAGAACUGACCCUUGAUACGCCGUAUUAUUUCAAAAUUCAGGCCCGCAACUCGAAGGGCAUGGGGCCUAUGUCUGAGGCGGUUCAGUUCAGGACCCCAAAAGCUGAAUCCUCAGAUAAAAUGCCUAAUGAUCAAGCUUCAGGAUCUGCAGGGAAAGGAAGCCGCCCAGUGGACAUAGGACCAGAUUACAAACCACCACUUGGUGGCAGUAACAGUCCCCAUGGAAGUCCUACUUCUCCCUUGGACAGCAACAUGCUCCUUGUAAUCAUAGUAUCUGUUGGAGUGAUCACCAUUGUGAUAGUGGUGAUAGUUGCUGUCUUCUGCACUCGUCGUACAACUUCUCACCAAAAAAAGAAACGAGCUGCCUGCAAAUCAGUGAAUGGGUCCCAUAAGUACAAAGGAAACUCCAAAGAUGUCAAGCCUCCUGAUCUCUGGAUCCAUCAUGAAAGACUGGAGCUAAAACCCAUUGAUAAAUCUCCAGAUCCCAAUCCAAUCAUGACAGAUACCCCAAUCCCUCGCAACUCCCAAGACAUCACCCCAGUUGAUAAUUCCAUGGACAGCAAUAUCCAUCAAAGGCGGAAUUCCUACAGAGGGCAUGAGUCAGAGGAUAGCAUGUCCACACUGGCAGGAAGAAGGGGGAUGAGGCCCAAGAUGAUGAUGCCUUUUGAUUCUCAGCCACCUCAGCCUGUGAUUAGUGCUCAUCCCAUCCAUUCACUCGAUAACCCUCACCAUCAUUUCCACUCCGGCAGCCUCGCUUCUCCAACUCGCAGCUAUCUCCAUCACCAGGUCAACCCGUGGCCGAUUGGCACAUCCAUGUCCCAUUCAGACAGGGCCAAUUCCACAGAAUCUGUUCGAAACACACCUAGCACGGACACCAUGCCGGCUUCCUCGUCCCAGACAUGUGCUGACCACCAGGAUCCUGAAAGCACCACAGGGUCUUACCUGGCUAAUGCACAAGAAGAGGAUUCGGCUCAGAACCUCCCUACGGCACAUGUCCGUCCUUCCCACCCGCUGAAGAGUUUUGCGGUGCCAGCAGUUCCACCAGCUGGUUCCACGUAUGACCCUGCAUUGCCAAGCACACCGUUAUUGACUCAGCAAGCUCCUAACCAUCCAGUUCACUCGGUGAAGACUGCAUCAAUUGGGACUCUAGGAAGAACUCGACCUCCUAUGCCAGUGGUAGUUCCCAGUGCCCCUGAUGUGCAGGAGACCACCAGGAUGCUUGAGGACUCGGAAAGCAAUUAUGAACCGGAUGAGCUGACCAAAGAGAUGGCCCACCUGGAAGGACUUAUGAAGGACCUUAAUGCCAUCACUACAGCAUGA